AUGGAGUGUUUCAAUGACCUUCUGCACAAGCUGAGGGAGGUUCACGAGCGGGAAGUGGAGGGGUGGCAGGUGAAAGUCCAAGAGCUGUCGAACAAGAAAGGCUGUGAUACAAAGCGAAUGGAGGAGCUGUUCACCAGAAACCAGCAGAUGAAAGAGCAGCAGAGAUUACUCACCGAGAACAUCAAGACUCUGGAGAACAGGCUGAGGGCAGGGCUCUGCGACAGAUGUACAGUAACUCAGGAGGUGGCCAAGAGAAGGCAGCAGGAAUUCGAGGCCUCGCAGAUCCAGAGCCUCCAACACAUCUCUCUACUCGCUGGAGAAUUGAACAACUUGCGAAAGGAGAACAAAAGGCUGAGGGAUGAGAUCAGGACUUUUAAAGCAGCACUUGAAGGUCCCAGCAAUCACUCCUCCAGCAGCAGCACGUCGGAGGUCAAACCAAACAGCUCUCCUGAACUUUCUCCGUCCUCCUCCGGACCAGUGGCCCUUGUUACUAAUCCAGUGACCAGCAGAGCCGGAAGCCAGCCAGCAGAUGGCGAUGUUGCAGUGAAAACGGACACGGAACAAAGAAGUGAAGAAACUGAGCGGAGGCAGCAGAGAGGAACCAACAGAAGCCAUUUGGAGUCCUACAAGCCUCAUCCACUGUCGCCUCUCGGUUUACCGACCUGGAAGGUGGAACACAACACGACCCGAGAGAGGAGACCUCAAGGUGUUGAAGUUCUGGACCAGCGCUCCUCCAUCCCUCCUCCAGCUCACCUGAAGACCUCUUCCUCCUCCUCGUCCUCCCCUGGUAGAGAUGUGAAGCCCAGCAGACAUGUUCUUCAUGCUCCGGUUCCCUGUCGGCCUCAACCCACCAAGAGCUCCCCGGUUUCCCUCCCCUGGCCGCUAUCUGACUCCUCUGACUGGGUCAACAUGGCGGCUGCAGGAAGCAACCCGCUGAUUCAAACGUCUCCGAAAAUAAACUUCCCUCGCUUCCCCAACCUGAUCCCCACCAGCCAACAGGCCAGCCUUCGACGGCCGGGUUUCAGCUCCCCCUGGCCGAAGCAAAACGCCUCUCAGCCCCCAAACAAAGAGCCCACGGUGGUGUUCAGGUUGAGAGGGUUGACUGAUUUUGCGGAGAGUCAAACUAAACCUCCGGUGAAGGAGUCCCCACCUUUGAAGGCAGAGAGGGUCUCUGGAGAAGCAUGCGAUGCACCGCUGGACCUGUCUGAUCGAGGGAAGUCCAAAUCCAGCCAGACAGCAAGAGAGGAUUCACCGUUAGCCCUACAAGGUGGAUCAAAACUGCAGAAGAGUCCUGACAAGGAUGUAAAUCCACCAGUAUCAUCGCCAUCACCCGCUGUCCUGCCUUCAUCCUCCUGUACGACAUCGAUUAAACAGCAAGAAGAAGAGCCGAGCAGCGACCACAACCACAAGGUUGCAAAAGAGCAGGAGCAGAACGAGGAGGUAAACGGAAAACCAGACCAAAGCAAUGGGAAGAAGGUGCCUGUCCUCACCAUAUCAUUACGUCCAGUAGUCGUGCUGGAGACUCUGAACUCUGCUCUGCAGAAGCAAGAAUCUUUAUCCUCGAAUGGGAAGUCGUCGUCACCAGAUAACGAACCAGAGACCAACUCUGAUGAUCAGGACGAAGACGAGAGCAGUUCAGGGCGAGAAAGUAGCCGAGGCUGUAAGAGGAAGAGGACGCCGGUGGAGACAGAGACCGACAAAGACUCUGACUCUAGCAACAGGAAUCAGGACAGGAAAAUCAAGAUCAGGGUGAGAAAUGAGGAGCAGAGCUCAAGCUAGAAGACGAUGAGUGACAUCAAAACCUCCAAUAUCUGAUCAAUCAACUGCAAACACAACAUAAAACAUCACAUUAUACAGUUCAUACAGCUGGAAGGUACUCACCCAGCAGACAAGAAGCAGCAUUUGCAUUAAUUCUGACUCGUGUUUCUAUCUAUCUGCAGACAAUAAGCUGGAUAUUCACUUUGUUUUUAGCUCUGCUUUGUUCUCCACCAGUUUCCUUUAAUGCUCCGCUAAGUUUACAGGAACCAAAAUGGUAAAGAUGUGAGCUGUGAAAUCAAUUAAUGGACGUUGGAAAAAAACAAAUCUGUUGAAGCUUAACAAGAGGAGUAUUUUGAUCAAAAAUUGAUAUAAAAACAUCGAUCCAAGCAACUUUAGUUCUUAAAAACCCUAUGUGAGAGGUCGUUAUCGAGCCGGGAAUUGAUUUUAGUGAUUAAAUUUCAAGUUUGCAUUUGUAUUUGUAUUUAUUCUGAACUCCAUUAGCUGCAACAUGUGCAGCUACUCUUUAUGGAGUCAGUCCAACAGCAUUACAAAGAAAACAUUUUACACCUGUUUUUCACCACAUAAUACCAAAAUAAACGUGACCCCCCACCCCCCAACCAUUCACACACAUUCACACCCACACACACCUACUUAAAGAUCUUACAAAAGCAAAGACAAACAAAAACAAAUACCUUUGGACCAAAAAAGUAAUAUCACAAAAGAUGCCUUUUUAAAAGAAAUUUAAACUGCCGUUUACUGUUUGCAUGAGUGACGUCACUUGGCAAAGAGUUCCAAUUUAUCAUAGCCCUGUACAUUACACUACUUGUUCCCAUAUUUCCUUUUACUGAAGGUAAUUUAAAUUUCCCCUCUGUGGCAUGUCUUGUUUCAUAACAAUGAACAUCGGAACUGAAAUCUAUUCUUUGAUAGAGUAUAUUUGGUCAUUUGGAUUCAAUAAUAUUUCUUGUCAAAUUUAGCAGCGAUGCUUUAAAUCUGUCAUUUAUCUUUAACCAAGACAACACAUUAUGCAUCCAGUUUACAUUCGUUCUAAAUGGACAUCUGAGAGCACAUCUCGCUGCUCUGCUUUGAAUUAUUUGUAAAAUGUUUAAAUCUGAUGCAGCAGCACAUGACCACAUUUCAGAACAGUAAUCUAAUUGUGACAGUACAAGUGUUUUUAUAACAUCUGUGGUCGUGUUCAGAGGUAACAUGUGAGAACGUCUUCUAACUGUUGAGAGACCUCUGCCCAUCUUACGGGCCGCAGUUCUAAUAUGUUUAGACCAGGAUAGCUUAUUAUCAAUCUCAACACCAAGAAGUUUUAUCUCCAUGACCUGCUCAACAGUUGUAUCUUUGACCACCAAUUUCAGUUUGGGUUCAUUCAACAGCAUAUUUCUGGUUCCAAACACAAUGCUCUUUGUCUUACCAGUGUUUAAAGCAAGCUUGUUAUUUGUGACCCACUCAUCUAUAGAUCUUAAAUCAGUCAUUAAAACAUUUUGAAGUUCUUCUAUUGCAUUUCAACUGUCCUCAUCUGACAUGUUUUCUUUUGUGUUUUUUCAUUUUAAUUUCUAUUCAUACGGUUUUUAAACUGGAUUUAGGGCUGUAUUUUAUGUAAAUUAUAAAAAAGAUUAAAAGUUAAAGGCCAGAAUUUUAGAAAACUGUUUUAAAAAUAUCACUAAACCUGCGUUUACUGAUGUUUGGCUACUUAGAGGAAGAAAAGACAAACUUCAACAGUUUCCUUUUACACAUUCAGCAGCGAUGGAGCAAAAAGUAGCAUUGAUUUGCAUUAAUUUGUGAAAGCUGUGGCAUGUAAAACCAAAACGACGAGCUAAAGAUGCAAAAAAAAAAUUGUCUCCAGGGAGCUGCAUUCGAUAAUAUAUUAAAGUUUGUUCUAAGGAGUAACUCAUUUUGCAAUACAAAUAGCCUUUUUAAUCAGUUUUUACAUGAAAAUAUGAAAUAUAGCAGCUUUAAUAUGCAGAUAUUGAUGAGAUUUUAAAGAGGUUUUCACAGUGAACAUUUAAAAUAAAGGUAGAUUCCACAUAUGGGAUGAAACAGAAGUCAAAAAGAAGCCACAACUACUAAACUCAGGUUCAAUUAAGAAAAGAGACGCCUGUUGUUUUACUUCCUCAAAGCUUCCCGGUGAAGAGCCGUUAUUUUUGGAGGCCUCUGUGUUCUGCUUGGUUGCAUUUUAGUCGUCCUUGUGUUCAGCUCUUGCGAUUUCGGCAGAUUUUCAGAAGUUAACGAUGUUUGCGAUGUCUGACACAUGAACCAGAGCUGUUUGUCGUGUAAACAUCACAUUAGUAUCGAUUAUUGGGAGGCACAAAAUCGAUUUUCAUCGAGUCCCUGAAGCCAAAACUACAGUAAAAUGAAGGUAAUGGUCAUUUUAACAUCUCCAAAUGCUCAACCUUUGCUGAGGGUUGCUGUUAUGGACUUUAGUGUGAGUGUUAACACAUUCUGCCGAGCUGCUGGGUGGAGAAACCGGCUCAGAAAUUCACACAUUUUGCAACACCAUCAAACUGUUUUUGUGUUUUCAUCAAACUGCAGCUCUGAACAGCAGCCCAACUGAAGACAAGUGCAACAACUCAGAGUCUUCAUGUAGAUAAUGAGUACAUUUAUCAGGUUUAACUGCUCUGUCCGGUGCAUUCUCAGGUGUUGAUCGGUCAGAACUGUUUCCAGUCCCUCUGCAGCAGUUAAACCCCUCUCGACUUCUCAUCUUCUGGUUAACAUUUACAGACAUUUUCUGUUUAAAAGCCAAAUAAGUGCAACUUUUCCUGGCACUGUUGGCUAUUUUUUACCACAGCGACACCUCCCUUCUCUCCGUUUAGUCGUCAUGCGUAGCCUGCGAAGAAAGACGGAAAAGAAAAAACAUGUUCCUCUUCCUCUUUUUUCAGAAUGUACAUUUUUUUGCAAGUAUUAACUUUCCACUCUCAGCUGUGACAAAUGUGUGAAUCGAGGCAACGAAACACAGAGAGAAAGUCCGCUAAAUGUGUAAAAGAACUAUAGAUGUUCUUUUAAUUGAGGAGAAGUUUCUUUCCAAUUCUUCAUUUCUUUUGUGCACUUUUUAAAAAUUUUCCUGUGCAUGAAACAUCCCAGCGCCAUCCUGUGCUCUCCUAAUGCUGUUCUAUUGAUCUGUACUGUUUCUGUUAUGCCUCUCUGGUACCAUUAUAUUCCAUUAAGUAAAGUUCUUUGUCAAUGGUCAGAGGACAAAGCGGCCUUUUCCAUGUCAUUUAAUUAAAAUGUGUGCUACUGUAAGUGCUUCGACUUCCACAGAAUGCUCAUCUGUCAAGCUAAAUACUGCUCUGUUGUGUUUUUGUAAGAAUACUAAAGCACUCUCUCUUUUAGAGCUUCUUCUAUAAAUGCUCUAUUUUCCGACACUGAAAUAAAUUUCUGUUCUUCA